UUCGUCGCCUCUCCACCGCCACCCCAAACCCCGACCCGCGCCGCCUCGCCGCCGCACUGCCGCAACCAAGCACACCACCGCCCUCACAGCAACCAAGCACACCACCGCCCUCACAGCAACCAAGCACACGGCCGCAGACACCAUGGCAGCCGUUCUCACUCGCCCGACGCCUGGCACUGUCCAGUGCUUCGGCCGGAAGAAGACCGCCGUCGCCGUGGCCUACUGCAAGCCCGGGCGCGGCCUCAUCAAGGUCAACGGCGCGCCCAUCGAGCUCAUCCGCCCCGAGAUGCUCCGCCUCAAGGCCUUCGAGCCGAUCCUGCUCGCCGGUAGGUCGCGCUUCAAGGACAUCGACAUGCGGAUUCGCGUCCGCGGCGGCGGGAAGACGAGCCAGAUCUACUCCAUCCGCCAGGCCAUCGCCAAGUCGCUCGUCGCCUACUACCAGAAGUACGUCGACGAGGCGGCCAAGAAGGAGGUGAAGGAGAUCUUUGGUCGCUACGACCGGACGCUCCUCGUCGCCGACCCGCGCCGCUGCGAGCCCAAGAAGUUCGGCGGUCGCGGCGCCCGCGCGCGUUUCCAGAAGUCUUACCGUUGAUCUCCUGCGAGAAGUCCUCUUGGGUAUGGCGGUGGUGGCGUACUGCUUGUCUACUUAUCUAUCUACCUUUUGCGGCUAGUAGUUUCCUAUCUUUUGGUCAAUGAAAUGGAUUGUGAGGUGCCCGUGCAAUAUCAUUUUGCUUCAUGCCUAGUUAAAGGGAUUAUGCUAUGUUUAUCUUAUGUUAAUGAUGAGACUGGACGUUCAGAUAAAGUUUUCUUAAUUGCU